GUGGGCAGGUCCCUUCAGAUCAGUAGGUGUCAUUGGUUGAAAAACUGGACAGGCAGUGGGGGAGGCAGUAAAAUGCAGGUAUCUGGGCAAUUUCAGGUUUCUGUACAGAUUGUGCUCUCAGGUGAAAGGACAUGAAGGAAUACGGCGGGAGCACUGUUAAGGAUUUUACUUUUAAAAAUCCUACUGUUGACCAGUUUGUGCCAACUGUUUACAACUUGAAUGUUGAGGUCAACUCACAGGUGAAUGAUGGCGAUGAGAAUCCUGAGCGUGGUAACUGGGCCAGCAAAAAGGAGUACAUCUUCUCUAGUAUUGGCUAUGCUGUUGGACUGGGAAAUAUCUGGAGAUUUCCAUAUUUAGCAUACAAGAAUGGAGGUGGUGCCUUUCUCAUUCCCUAUUUUUUGAUGUUGGUGGUGGCUGGAAUUCCUCUGUUCUUUCUGGAAAGUGCUUUUGGGCAGUUCUGCAGCCAAGGACCAAUCAAUGUGUGGCGAGCAGUGCCAAUACUACAGGGUGUCGGUGUUGGUACUGUUAUGGUGACUGCAAUGGUGUCUGUUUACUACAAUGUCAUCAUCGCCUACAGCCUGUACUAUAUGUUUGCAUCCUUCCAGUCUCCUCUUCCUUGGUCCAACUGCCUGAACUGGGCUGACAGUAACUGUGGUAACACACCCAUUGCAGAGUGCAGUUUAAAUGAAACAGUGGCUAAUUUGACUCAGAUAAAUGGUACUUGUCCUGAAGAAAGCACAAGUCUGAGUGAGCAGUACUGGGAUAAUGUGGUUCUGCAGAGAUCCAGUGGUCUUGAUGAAACAGGGCCUAUAGUUUGGCACUUGGCCCUCUGUCUGCUGCUGAGCUCCAUUCUCAUUACUGCAGUGCUCAUCAGAGGCAUCAAGUCAUCAGGCAAAGUUGUGUACUUCACAGCUACAUUCCCUUACGUGGUGAUUCUGAUCCUGGUGAUCCGGGGUGCGACACUAGAGGGAGCCAGAGAUGGAAUAGAAUACUACAUUGGUGUUCAAUCCAAUUUGACCAAACUCACAGAAGCACAGGUGUGGAAAGACGCAGCGACUCAGAUCUUCUAUUCUCUCUCUAUUGCCUGGGGUGGACUCAUGACUCUGGCUUCCUAUAACAACUUCCAUAACAACGUCUUCAAGGACACCUUCGUUGUGACACUUACCAACGCUGGUACGAGUCUUUUUGCAGGCUUUGCCAUAUUUUCUAUUUUGGGUCACAUGGCUCAUGUCUAUGGGAAUCCUGUAGGAGAGGUGGUAAAGGAAGGAUUUGGCCUUGCAUUUAUCGCAUACCCAGAUGCUCUGUCAAAGCUUCCCAUUUCUCCUCUGUGGUCCAUUCUCUUUUUUGUCAUGCUCAUAACAGUUGGUCUGGAUUCUCAGUUUGCAGGAAUUGAGGUGCUCACAACCUGCCUGCUGGACGCCUUUCCUAAAAUUUUUAAAUCCAAGCACAUCCUCUUAACUAUAGCGGUAAACAUUGUUGUGUUUCUCCUUGGGCUGCCAUGCGUCACAAGAGCUGGAAUAUACUGGGUGACUCUAAUUGAUCAGUUUGUUGGCAGCUGGCUGCUGCUAAUUUUGGCAUUGUUGGAGGUCACUGGGCUCUGUUACAUUUAUGGAGGGAACCGCUUCAUUAAAGACAUCGAGAUGAUGUUGGGAACAAAGACCUUUUGUUUCUGGCUGUGGAAAGCGUGUUGGUUCUUCAUAACCCCCUGCAUCAUAGCGGUGAUCCUGAUCUGGUCUUUGAUGGAACUUACACCCCCUGUCUAUGGUGGGAGUGUCCCGUACCCACCCUGGGGUUUGGCUCUGGGCUGGUGCAUGGUGGCCUUUGUCCUCAUCUGGAUUCCCAUCUUUGCCACGUGGAAACUGAUGACAGCAGAGGGGCAGCCAUGGAAACGUUUGAAGUCGGUGUGUUGUCCCUCUGAGGACUGGCAUCCUUACCUGGCUGUUCAUCGUGGAGAACGUUACUCUGAAGAACGCUGCAGGCACCACAAAAUGAAGAACAUCAUCUCACCAGAUUCAAAUAAUCUAAAUAUUAUCUCCAACUCAUGGCUCUGA